UAUGACCUCCUGCACGGCAUGGGCAACCACGCCGCCGGCAUCCUCACGCUGGGCAAGAGGAAGAGCAUCCCACCAGCCUUCCAGAGCCGGCUCUACCGCCUGCUGCACGGCUCCGGCAACCACGCCGCGGGCAUCCUCACCAUGGGCAAGCGCGGGGAACACCCUGGCACCGCCUGCCACAAUACAUCGGGCUGCCCCGUGGGCAUGGACGCCCAGCCGACGCCGGCUCUGCGGGGAGCUGACGCAAGCCCUGCCAGCCCCAGGGAGUGCCCGGGACACUCGGGGAAGGACCAGAGCAAGAACCAGGCCCAGGGAGCUGCAAAGAGCUUUUACUGA